CGGCUUUGAUAUCAGACAAGUUUGUUUCUACACGUCACGGAAUUAAACCGAUUGGGAUUUAAAUGUAAAGCAAGCUUAUAUUUUGUAAAGAACUUAAGUAUGGUAUUAGUUUAAUCAAUUAACUUUAAAAAAAUAAAUAUUGUGUGUAUUUUUAGUACAUUUAUUCUUCUUCGAUCAAAUUUAUGAACAUUUCUUUCUGUCGAAUAUCGCACUAAAGUAAUAUAUUCCAAUCAAAAUGGAAACCAGAAGAGCUUUAGCGUUUAUUUUUGCUUAUUGUUUUUCAAUCUUUACUACCGUUCAUUGCGGUGGACAGACUCUUGUUUUAUUAGAUAAUUUGGCGAUAAGAGAAACACAUUCUAUGUUUUUCAAAGAUUUGCAGGAUCGAGGCUUUCAAUUGACUUUUAAAACAGCAGAUGAUCCCGGCCUAUCCUUGAUUAAAUAUGGAGAAUAUUUGUUUGAGCACUUAAUCUUAUUUUCACCAUCAGUUGAGGAAUUUGGUGGUACUCUUAAUGUGAGAGCCAUUACAGAGUUUAUUGAUGCUGGUGGUAAUGUUCUUAUUGGUGCUAGCUCAAAUGUUGGUGAUUUGAUUAGAGAAUUAGCAAAUGAAUGUGGAUUUGAAAUUGAUGAGGAGAACACUUUUGUUAUUGAUCACCUAAAUUAUGAUAUUGAAGACGAAGGAAAGCACACUCUAAUUGUUGCUGACCCAGAAAACUUAAUUAAUGCUCCAACUGUAAUAGGAUCUAAAAAUAUUGCACCUUUACUAUUUAGAGGAGUUGGGAUUAUUUCUGAUCAACAAAACUCUUUAAUUUUGGAAGUUUUAUCUGCAUCAUCUACUGCCUAUUCCUAUAAUCCUGAUGUUAAAGUUAAUGAAUAUCCUCAUGCAGUUGGAAAAAAUACUUUACUUAUUUCAGCCCUUCAAGCUCGCAACAAUGCAAGAGUUGUAUUUUCUGGUUCUCUUGACUUUUUCAGUGACCAUUUCUUCCAAUCAGGUGUUCAGAAAGUUCAUGGAGGCAAAAAGCAUGAUAAAUCUGGUAAUGAACCACUAACGAAAUCUUUGACUCAAUGGGUCUUCAAAGAAACAGGUGUCUUAAGAGCUGGUAACGUCACACAUCACAAGAAAGGUGAAUCAGUACCACCUGAAGCAUACACCAUCAUGGAUGAAGUUGUAUAUUCAAUUGAAGUGGAAAUUUUGAAGAAUGGGGAAUGGAUUCCAUUUGAAACUUCCGAUUUACAAUUGGAAUUUGUGCGAAUAGAUCCUUUUGUACGAACUACGUUGAAAAGGAAAGGCAAGAAAUAUUAUGCUGAAUUCAAGUUACCUGAUGUUUAUGGUGUUUAUAAAUUUAAAGUUGACUACAACAGAAUGGGCUACACACACUUGUUUGAAGCCACUCAGGUAUCUGUAAGACCAUUGGAACAUACACAAUAUGAGCGUUUUAUUCCCUCUGCAUAUCCAUACUAUGUGAGCUCAUUUUCAAUGAUGUUUGGAGUGUUCAUUUUUAGCUUUGUAUUUUUGUACCACAAGGAUCAUACGAAGGACAAGGCAGAGUAAUAAUAAUACUCAUGUUGAUUGUAGAUAUGUUUCUAAUAAAAGGACAAUUUUUUCAAAA